GGCGGUGAGAUGCAUGCCUCACCAUACUGGCCUAGGCCGUGGUAAAGAGCUCACGAUACCGUCAUGUGGCUUGCCCAGCCACGAAUCGCGCUCACAAGACGCCGGUGGGCCAGCUCUUCUAGCUUGCUGCUGUGCAAUGAGCUUGUGGUAGCACCACACACCCAACGCAACCACCAGCACCAGUUGCAGUCGAAAAUCGUCUCGCACCUCCGGGCAUCAUCGUCAGCAACAGCAGCAUCUACCUGCGGCGGUAGCAGAAUACAUUGCUCCCGCACACUAGGUGCAGUGUCGAGUCCCGCAGCAGGGUCAGGGUCGUCUCGAUGGGCCACAGCUCGAGGUCGGCGACGUCGAAGCAGUGCGCCCGGACGGGAGGCAACAGCAGAAGUAGCCCCGCAGCACCGAGGCGCACAGCGGAACGCGCCAGCAGCGGCGUUGGAUCAGGAUGGCGGCGCUCUCCUGAGACGAGUGGCGAGGUAUAUCGAAGAGGAUCCCGGCGCGGCCGAUAAGCUCGGGAAGGCGAUGGACGAGGGGAGCGGCCGCAGAUUGAAGGAUGCCCUCGAUGGAAUGGAGUAUGCCGUGCGAGAGCCUAGCUUGAGACAGCUGCGCAGGGUGGCAUUCAUCAGCGCGGUGCCCUUCGUGGGCUUCGGGAUUAUGGACAACGCCAUCAUGAUCGUGGCUGGUGAGUACAUUGACAUGACGGUGGGAAUCGCCAUGGGCAUAUCCACCAUGGCCGCGGCGGCUCUUGGCAACACCAUCAGCGAUGUCGCUGGCGUGGGGUUGGGGGGCGUCAUCGAGAACUUGGCCACGAGGCUUGGGCUCCCCCCGUCUAAGCUGUCCAGGGCGCAGAUGCUGCUGCAAGCGACCCGCACAGCUGGGCUGGUCGGGUCUGCCAUUGGGGUCCUGGUGGGCUGUCUCAUCGGCAUGUUCCCGCUGCUCUUCAUGCCUGAUCCCGAGGUGAUGGAAGCCGUCAAGAGAAAAGAAAAGAUUGUAGGGCUUGUCGACGCUGUGGUGGAAGAGGCGGCCGCUUUCCUUUCGGCGACUAGCGCUACCCUAUUCAUCCUGGACAGGGAACACGAGAUCUUGUGGGCCAGGAGAAGAGGGGCACCGGGGACUCCUAAUGCGGGAGCCCUGCAGGACCUCAAGAUCGAGCUUGCGCACCGCGGGGCGGUGUCCGACGCCGCACGCAACGGGGAGCCCGUGAUCAUGCCGGCCGGGGCGGGGGGCGCGGCACCUUCGAUGCUGUGCAUGCCCGUCUACGGUGCGGACGGGCUUGUCGCCGGAGUUGUCCAGGUUGUGGGAAAGAAAUCGAACGGAAAGGCUAUCGACGGCGGGUUCACCGCUGACGAUGCGAAGGAUCUGUCGGCUCUUUGCUCGCACAUCAGCGUAGCCCUGGAAAACAUCAAGCGCGCUGACGAAGCCGAUGAGGUGGAUCUUCGUGAGACGAUCUCGCUCAUGCAGUCGUACGGAGGGGUGAAGCAGCACCCCUUUCCCCAGCAUCGAUCGAACAGCGCGCGAAUCGCCCCCUGCGCCGCCGGGAAAACCGCCGGCAUUGGCGGCGGGGGCGGCGGCGUUAUCGCGAACGACGUAGAUACGGGAAAAUAGCACCCGUUCAGGGCUUUGUCUGUUGUCUCUGCCCAGUGGCGGGACAUUGACGCGCUUUGUUAUGAACGAAGUUAAUGGAUGUAUGUAUUGCAUGGCUUUUGGCUGGCAACGUUCUGCUUUUCUUUGCGGUUUUGUUCCAGCGUGUUGGAUAAACCGGGUAGGCCGAAGCUUGUAGGUUUGUGGAGAAAGGCAGCUCGGCCAGUGAGGGCCGAGAUGGGAAAGUCUUGUAUUAGAGGGAAGAGGGAAGGGCAGAGACCACUCGAGGCCGAGCAGCCGAAGAGCGCGUCACCACACCUAUCCGUCACGCAAUUCAGAUCACUCAUCGAAUCUCCGAAGAAACCAAGCAGAAACUCCCUGUUCCUCCGCGAUCUACCAACUGCAAUCUCCGUAGAUCCUUGUCCCAUACUCAACCACAUUACUAUGCUACGAGUAUAUCUAACACAGCAUGAGUGUGUGUUUAGUUUUUUAUAUCGAUCGCUCGGGAAAUUCUUCGUGCUUGUCGAGACCGUCAGAUGUCUCUGAUGUAUAGUGUAACGACAGUUGGCUAGUAACGAUAGAAGAGUAGAACUCGAUGUUUUGAACGUAUGGCAGUGAAUGUUUCGUGCCACUUUUGCUGUAGACGUUGGUCAGCUGAUCGACACAGCACAUGAUACUGUGUGCCAUUUUUCUGAAGACUCUCGGGCGUUUUGGGGGGGCUUCAGUUUCCUGUUGCGGCCAACCAAUUUCCGCACGCGAUUCGGGGAAGAUUGAAAACAAC